UCCGAAAAAUUGCUUGUCGUCGACCGUCCACCAUUUCGGUUCCCGUUCGUUUGUUCGUGUCUUGUUGGCCACGUCUACUCUACUCGGCCUGUGCCUGUCGUCCGUCGACGGGGUAUUUCUUUGCUGCAAUCACCAGACUAGCCUGCAUCAGGAGAAGAUUGGCUGAGAGUCGAGUCGCCGGGUGUGUUGGUCGCGAAAAUUUUUAACCGGAUUGAACGUCGGGUGUGGUACAUUUAGGAUAGGAGGAAGAACGUAAAGUAAGUUGCAAUGUUUUCCGUGAAAGUGAUCGCCACGGUCGCUUUGGUGGCCGUUUUGGGCCUGGAGACGGCGUUCGCCGGCGAAGCCGACGUCCUGGACCUGACCGAUAGCGAUUUCUCAACCCGGGUCGCUGAGACGGAAACCACACUGGUUAUGUUCUACGCUCCGUGGUGCGGUCACUGCAAAAAGCUGAAACCUGAAUAUGCCAAGGCAGCGGAAUUGCUACGUGGGGAAGACCCACCAAUUGCACUUGCCAAGGUUGAUUGUACCGAAGGAGGCAAGGACACCUGCGGCAAGUUCUCCGUGUCCGGCUAUCCCACGUUGAAGAUCUUCAAGAACGGAGAAGUCUCCCAGGAGUACAAUGGCCCGCGGGAAGCCAGCGGCAUUGCCAAGUACAUGAAAUCGAUCGUCGGACCGGCUUCCAAGGAUCUGCUGACGCUGGAGGCUUUCGAAGCUUUCCUGAAAGUGCAGGAAACCAGCGUCGUUGGUUUCUUCCAGAAAGAAUCGGACCUGAAGGGUGUCUUCCUGAAGUACGCCGACAGCCAGCGUGAGCGUCUGCGUUUCGGACACAGCACUGCCCAGGAUGUGCUGGACAAACAGGGCGAAACCGAUGCCAUCUACCUGUUCCGUGCCAAGCAGCUGGCGAACAAGUUCGAACCGGACUUUGUCAAGUUCGAGGGCAAGACCAAGGAUGAACUGAGCACUUUCGUCAAGGAGAACUUCCACGGAUUGGCCGGUGUGCGCACUCGCGAUACCCUGAACGAUUUCAAGAACCCAUUGGUUGUGGUUUACUACGCCGUCGACUACGUCAAGAACCCGAAGGGAACCAACUACUGGCGCAACCGAGUCCUCAAGGUGGCCAAGGAAUUUGUUGGACGUGUCAACUUUGCCGUCAGUGCCAAGGAUGACUUCCAGCAUGAACUGAACGAGUACGGCUAUGACUACGUCGGUGACAAACCCCUGGUGCUGGCCCGUGAUGCCAAGAACCAGAAGUUCAUCAUGAAGGACGAAUUCUCCGUUGAAAACCUGCAGGCCUUCGCCACCGAACUCGAAGAGGGAUCUCUGGAGCCUUACGUCAAGUCGGAACCCAUCCCCGAGAACAACGAUGCCCCAGUCAAGGUUGCCGUUGGCAAGAACUUCGAGGAAGUCGUCAUGAACAACGGAGUCGAUACGCUGAUCGAAUUCUACGCCCCGUGGUGCGGACACUGCAAGAAGCUGGCUCCGGCUUACGAUGAGCUGGCCGCCAAACUGAAGGACGAAGAGGUGGCCAUCGUAAAGAUGGAUGCCACCGCCAACGACGUUCCGCCGACGUUCGACGUCCGUGGUUUUCCGACGCUGUUCUGGCUGCCCAAGAACGCGAAGACCAGCCCGCAACGGUACGAGGGCGGUCGCGAAGCCGACGACUUCCUGCAGUACAUCGCCAAGCACGCCACUGAUGAGCUGAAGGGCUGGGACCGCAAGGGCAACGCCAAGAAAACCGAACUGUAAUCUCACGACUCUUUUAGAAGUGUGUAAAAUUCAACGGAAAAUCUUUUCCUGAGAACUUUCUGCAAAGGUAUACAUUUCCAUUCCAGUCGUGUCAACCAUCUCAUCUAUUUUUGCUGUUACUUUACACAAACGUUGCUAUAUUUUCCCACUCCCGAAUUUGAUGAUCUACUGUUCACGACUUCCAUUGAAAAAAAAAAAGAAACUUGAAAUCCGUUAGGUGUAUGAAGGUUGUGAAAACAACUCGCCACUGAAACAAACAAGCGAUGACGAAAACCAAAAUAUUCUACACGUUUUCGUCGAGGUUAGCGAAACAUUCAUUGUGCAUUUAUGUUUACAAAAACAAAACAAAAAAGAGUCAACCUAGCUACUCCGGAUGUUUGGAAUGGACGGAGUGCUAGGCAAAACGCUAGUGUUGAUGUAUCAACCCCACAAAGUUUCCUUUUUGAAUGAAUGUUGUAUGCGUUUAGAAUUUAGGGCAGGAAAGUGGCAAUUAAUUCUUUAUGUGGAUUAAUUUUUGUGGAGAUCUUACAAGAGAUGAAUAAAGAUUCUAAGUUUUUUUUAGAUUAAUGAAACGUA